CUACAUCGGUGCUUUCAAUUUCAUUCGCAGGCAAUCAUCCAGCCAGUAAUCACGGCAAGCGGCUUGAUAACACCGGAUACGGGCAUAGCUAAUAUAGAGGGCACUUAUUAAUUAACUUCGACCUCUGUGAUAAACUAGAAGCGCAAAAUGACUGAUAUUAUCAAGAAAGGAGCUCUGUUCCUCAUGAGCGAGAAGUGCUAUGAUAACUAUUUCCUUGAACACAACUUCCUGGACAUUCCAUGUUUCAAGGCUCUGCUGAGCAAGGGCCUUGGUCUGGCCAUCAUUGCCGGAUCCGUGCUAGUGAAGGUGCCACAAGUGCUCAAGAUUCUCAGCAGCAAGUCCGGCGAGGGCAUUAAUAUAAUGGGUGUGGUGCUGGAUCUACUGGCGAUCUCUUUCCACCUGUCGUACAACUUUAUGCACGGCUACCCAUUCAGUGCUUGGGGCGACAGCACCUUCCUGGCUAUCCAAACUGUAGCUAUUGCCGUUUUGGUAAUUUUCUUCAAUGGUCGGAAGAUACAAGCCGGCGCGUUCCUAAUUGGAUAUCUCCUGCUGAUGUUCGUCCUUAACUCUGGGCUGACCUCUAUGAAGGUCUUGUUCACCAUUCAGAGCUGCAACAUUCCCAUUCUUUUGGUGGGAAAGCUGUCGCAGGCAUACACGAACUAUCAGGCUGGAUCUACCGGACAGUUGUCCGCUGCCACUGUGAUAAUGAUGUUCGCGGGGUCGGUGGCCCGCAUCUUCACCUCAAUUCAGGAGACCGGUGACACCAUGAUCAUCGUCACCUUCAUUGCCUCCACCUUCGCCAAUGGAGUGAUCCUGUCCCAGUUGAUCUAUUACUGGAACAAGCCAGCCGGCGUGGCAAAGGACGCUAAAGCCAAGAAACCCAAGAGCAAGAAGGAUGAUUAGAGAUAUGCAGCAGAAACAGGAGUGAGCUCGAAAAAAACUUAGAUAGCAACUAUUUCUCGACACUGUAGAACAAAUGAGCAUCUUUAAAUAAACAGUCUUAGAUCAUUA